GCCUAGCCCACUGCCUAUCCACCUGCGCACAACCGGGCUUAAUUAUUUCUCCCUGUUCCGAUUCGCCAAUAGCCGAUGAACAAAAGAAUGGGAAAACGCAGAGUCGCAAAACGCUACCUCGCGAUUCGCGAAGCUGAGAAGCCGAGUCGCCGAGAACGGAGAACGCAGAAUGCUACCUCGCGAAGCCACCAGCCAAGCCUUGUUCCGCCGACCGCCGUCCACACCGUGCUUCCGCCGUCCACUAUCCACGCCGACACGCCGUGCUCGGUGCUUCUCUCUGGCUCUGCCUCCAAGCUCCAGCUAUGGCGCAAGUCACUAGGAUAUAAUGAAUAACUGAAAGAUGAAGAAGCAGACAAGCAUUUACUCUCAUUUUAAGAGAAAAACUGUGGAUUCGAGUUGUAGUCCGAGUAAUCCGGUCGAUGCGGAAACUGCAAAUGUGGAAGUUACUAAUACUUCCAAAUAUUUGGGUUGUUCUAGUCUUUCAUUUGAUAUCAAGAAUCUAGAACGUGAUCCCGGAAAACGCCCUCAGAUAUGAGAAUAUCCUGUUAAUCAAAGAGAUGAAGUUAUUCGAGCAUAUUUGGAGAUGGAGCCAUAUCAAAUACAUUUGGCAAAGUAUCCCCUAUCCGAUGAGAAGCGUCCUCGAAGAUUUCAAUUUUCUUGGUUUCAAAAGUUUCAUUGGUUGGAGUAUUCCCCCACACAAGAUGUAGCAUAUUGCUUUCCAUGUUUCCUUUUCGCAAAACCUAUAACUCGUCAUGGAACUGAUGCUUUCACUCUUAAAGGUUUUAAUAGUUGGAAAAAAGUUAAUGACGGGGCUAAUUGUGCUUUCUUGAAUCAUGUGGGCCAAGAUCCAUGUCCUCCACACAAUAAUUCUUGGAAAAGUUGUCAAGACUUAUUGAAUCAAUCUCGCCAUAUUGACAAAGUCAUCGAAGCACAAACUCUAGAGAUGAAGGAAGGUAACCGCUUGCAGGUUAUGACCUCUAUUGAUGUUGUUCGGUGAUUGGCUUCACAAGGAUGUGCUCUACGAGGUCAUGAUGAAUCCUCUAGUUCUAGAAAUUGAGGUAAUUUUGUUGAAAUGAUUUCACUUUUAGCAUCAUGUAAUGAACAAGUUGCUAGUGUUGUCUUGGAUAACGCUCCAAAAAAUGCUAUGUAUACUUCUCCCAAAAUUCAAAAGGAGAUCUUACACAUUCUUGCUAAUAAAGUACGCCAUAGGAUUCAACAUGAUAUUGGUGAUUCUAAGUUUUGAAUUCUUGUUGAUGAGGCACGUGAUGAAUCUAAGAGAGAGCAAAUGGCUAUUAUUUUGAGAUUUUUUGAUGAAAAGGGGUUCACUAGAGAGCGUUUCUUUGAUGUUGUGCAUGUUAGAGAUACCGCAUCAUUGACUCUCAAAAAAGAAAUUUGUGCAGUUCUUUCUAGAUUUUGUCUUGAUGUUCAGAACAUUCGUGGUCAGGGAUACGAUGGUGCUAGCAAUAUGCGGCGAGAAUGGAAUGGGUUAAAGCAUUAUUUUUAAAUGAUUGUCCUUAUGCCUACUAUGUUCAUUGCUUAGCACAUCGGUUGCAAUUAGCAUUGGUUGCUGCUUCUAGAGAGGUGAAAUAUGUGCAUAAGUUUUUCACCGAUUUAGUAUGUAUUAUGUUGAAGACUAUUUUAUUGUGAAUCAAGUUUGUCUGUUUUGUCUGUAAUAAUUUAGAUGUUUACUAUUUCUGUUCUGCACUGAUUAAAUAUAUCUGUUAGAAUAGUAUUCAAUAUGGGCCAAGUGUUAGGCCCAUACUUAGGCGAGAAGCCUUUUUACGCAUACCUGAGCCUCGCCUAUAAAAGAGGGCGGAGGACUCAGGUUUGCAGUUAACUUUCGUAUCUGCUCAAAAUAGCCUUAACGCUUAUCAUUCUUGUACGAACUGUUCACGGUAUAUCAGAGAAGGUUUACACUUGAUCUUUCUGUGUUCAUCUUUGUUGAUAAUCUUUCAUCUGUAUGCCAUAUUAUAUUGCUGUUAUAGAAAACAGGGACUAACAAAUGGUAUCAGAGCCGAUCGAGAGCUGAUCAGAAGAACUAUCUGCGAAAGACUCUGUUUUUCCUUCCUUUUUGUAGAAUAGCGAGUUUAUCAUCUGUAAUCUUAUUUCUGCACCAAAUACUGUAAAAGUUAUACUGUUAGAAUCGCGUUUCAAAGACGAUCAAGCAGUAUAACUUCUUUUUUUGUUUCUGCAUAAUCUUGUUCUCUGUAAACUCGCAUCCAAGAACUCGCAUCCCUCGUUUCUCUAAGCUCUGUGCAGCUUUUUGACCUGAAACUUGGGUGAAAGGAUCUCUACAUCAAGGGCUACAACUUACCAUAUUUGUUUUUCUGAAAAUAUGAAGUUUUAUUUUUUCAGGAAUUCGCAGCCCAGGUGUUUUUCGCAUAAACUCGCAGCUGCAAACUCGAGUUGAGAAACUCGCUGUUAGGAACUCGAGCUCAAGAACUCGCAGUCUACAAACUCUCAGUCUGCAAACUCGCAGUCUGACCACGAGUUUUGACCUUGCGAGUUUACACCUCGAGUUUUGGAAACUCGCACUCUUGACCUCGAGUUUAUAAACUCGAACUCUCACCUCGAGUUCCCCAGACCUCGAGUUUAGGCCUUUAAUACUCAGGAACUCGAGUUCUUGACUUAGUAAAUUUUCUGAUCUUAUUUCUCGAACGGUCAGUUUUCUACAGCUACAGAAAUGGCUUCUGAAUCCAAUGCGCAAGGAAACAGCAGUACUCCUCUAUCUCUGAGAAAAGGGGAGUACCAAAUGUGGAGAACUCGUUUCUUGAACUUCCUAGAGCACAAAGAAAACUCCGACGCAAUGCUGGAAUCGCUCCUGGAAGGACCAGCUGUUCUGAUGAUUGACGUAGGAGGGGACUCAACUAAUAAUCCACCCAUUCCUCCGGAAACAAGACGAAAGAGGCCGUCUGAAUACACGGAAGCAGACAAGCUAAGGCUGAGAGGAGACCUUAUGGCCAAAACAUACCUCCUCCAAGCCAUCCCCAAUGAAGUGUACGUGAUGAUUGACAGUAUGCAAACUGCAAAAGAAAUGUGGGAUGAGAUUGAAAAAUUACUCCAAGGCACGAGCAUAAGCCUAAAAACCAAGAAAUCUGCUAUUCGAAUGGCUUAUGACUCGUUCAAGGCUGUUCCUGGAGAACCUCUUCACGAGACUCAUGCCAGAGCUGAUGAAUGAAAUGAGGAAAAUCAAAAUAUUCAGAACCAACCUGGAACUGAAUACUAGAUUUCUGUCCAGUCUGCACCCAUCUUGGAGUAAAACAGUAAAGGACUUGAGACAACGCAUUGACAUGGAUGAGAUUGAUCUCUUCACCUUAAAUGAGCUGUUAAAGGAGUUUGUCAAUGAUGUUGUAUGCACUGAGGAGCAAUCAAGCCCAAAUCCUCUGGCUCUACUGAUGGAAGCUCAGCCCAAAAGAACAACGAAACCUCUGCAUAAGAAGAAGAAGAUAGUGGAGGUUGAAUCUGAUGAAGAUGAAAGUGAUGAAGAAGGAACUGAUCUUGAAGCUGAGCUUGCAGAUCUCCAGAAGAAGAUGACCCUGCUUGCCAAGAAGUUUGCCAAGAGGAACAGCUCUUCAAAUAAGCUGCGGACCUCUUCCUCCAACUACAAAUAGAAGAACCAGGACCAAAGCUCAGCCAGGAAGGCUACAUCAACUGCUAACACCUCUGUGUGCUAUAACUGCGGGAAGCCUGGACAUAUCAGCAAAGACUGUCGGCUUCCAAAGAAGAGAGAUGCAAACUUCUACAAACAAAAGAUUCUGAUGAAUAAACGAAAGCUCUUCUUGGCACAACAAGAGGAAGUAGAAGCCUCUGGCAAACAUGCUGAGCUGGUCCAGUGGGCGGAAGAUGAUACUGAAGAAGAAGAAGAAAACUUCGCAUUGAUGGCAAGGCUGGAGGAUGAAGAAGAGAAAAAGGAUGAUGCUGCGAUCCCCGGAAGUGAAUGCUCUACAAGCACUGUAAGUACCUCUAAUCACUCUCACACUAUCCAAACUCAGUCCUUACACAAUAAGGACAACCUCAUUAAAGAACUGCAGGAGAGAUUAGACAAUAAUUACAGGGUACUGAAACAGAACCUUGACCAAAAAUCUUCCUUAAGCGUUCAACUUGAAAAUGCCAAAGAUCAAAUCAAAAAGGUGUCCUCAGACUUUGAAAGCUUUGAACUUAAAAUAGCUGAACUGACUAAGAAACUGCAAGACAGUGAAGUUGAGAAAAACACAGCCAAAGCUGACUGUGAAUUUUUAAGGAAUAAAAGAAGCAGCCUUUUAAGCAAAGUAAAGGAACUUGAGGACGUGUGUGUUAGAAGAGGUCAAACCGAACAUACAGAUUUUCUAAAUCGAAUAAGCGACGUUCAACAUUACAACCCAAAAGCUGGUCUUGGACUGCCGAAUCCUUGUCAUUUAAAGAAAGUUGACUGCCGCCAGUUGUAUGAUGCAACUUACUUAACUCUAGACAUUGAAAAGAAAAUGAAAUUUGGAAGUGAAGAAGAAACUGUUAAAGAAGAAGAAGAGAAGAGGAGUAAUCCUAAAAUUGAAACUUCUUUUGACUAUACUCCUCUGGUUGAGAAAGCUCUUUCUAAAGAAAAAGUAAUCUACAACGAGGAGGGGUUUGACAUUUUUAAUGUCCCAAAAGGGGUUCCUUAUUUCGAAUGUCCAAUGGGUCCCACUCCCAAAACUGGAAUUUUUAAGUCCGGACAGGACAAAUGCAUCUCUCCGUUAGUCCAAAAAUAUGUGGAUCUUCAGAAAACCCUUGACAACGAGAGAGAGCGUUUUGAAACUGAAAAGAAAAGUUCUGAAAGCAAUUGGCAAGAACUGUUAAGCAAAUUUGAUGAAUUGAGUGAAAAAUAUCAUUCUGUUUUAAAAAUUGCUCAAACCUCUUCUGAUAAAACUAAAUCUUCUGAAAAAUCUGCCACUCAUCGCUCUUCUCCUUUUGUCACAGGACAAGAAGUGAAAAGAAGAGGAGAAGAGAAGAAAGAAUGGGAGAUAAAAAGAAAGGAAAUAGCUGCUGGCAAGAAGAAAGUUUUUGAGAAUAAACCUGGUCCCAGAUCCAGCUCCAUUUUGUACUCUAAAACUAAGUCUAAGUCUGUCCAUGUAAACUCAGCUUCUAGUAGUUCAGUCUUGAGUCCCAAGCUGAAAAACUCUGUGACAUCUUUUGAACAUGGUUCAAUGUAUAAUUCUACUAUUGCUUAUGGUUAUUCUGUUCCAGACCCCCAAAAUUAUGAAUGUGAUGUGAAUGUCGUUAAAUCAAAGCCUUUCAGAAAGCUCAAACCUGAAAGAGAAACCAAGAAAAGAACUUCUAAGGGAACGUUUUGUAUUCCUGAUAUGAAAUAUUCUCUUAGAGUUCAUUCAAGGAAACAUCUUAAUCGGCUUUCUAAAGAGGAGAUUUUCAAAACUAAACUGAAGAAACAACUGUUCAAUCACAAAGCACCUGUCUACUCUCCUCCUAAACCUAAAACGGAAAGGUGGGUCCCCAAGAUAAGACCUACCAAACCUGAAACUGAAAGGUGGGUCCCCAAGAUGAGACCUACCAAACCUGAAACUGAAAGGUGGGUCCCCAAGAUGAGACCUACCAAACCUAAAACUGAAAGGUGGGACCUCAAACGAAGACCCAUCCAAACUGAAACAGAAAGGUGGGUCCCCAAAUUCAGACCUACCAGAACUAAAAUGGAAAGGUGGGUCCCCAAAUACAGACCCACCAAAACUAAAAUGGAAACUGCUAAGUGGGCUCCAAAAAUCAGACCCACUGCAAAAGCAGAUCUGGCUAUCGGAAAGCCCACAAGAGAUAGAUCUUUUGUUGAAAGAGCUGCUGACCUUGGAUCACAGCUCAAAGCAAAACUUAAAAAGGUGUUUUUCAUUGAUAAGGAAGGAUCCAUUCCAAGAUGGGUACCUAAACCUGUUUAAUUGCUUUGCAGGACGGUCAUGUGUGGCACUUGGAUUCUGGAUGCUCAACCCACAUGACCGGAAUAAAGUGCCUACUGAGCAACUACACCAACUGUUACGGAGGCAAUGUUAGAUUCGGGAACGAUGCCUCAUCUCCUAUUCUUGGAUAUGGGGAUGUCAUCUAUGCCAGUGUCACCAUCAAGGAUGUCUCAUUUGUCAAAGGGCUCAAACACAAUCUUCUGAGCAUAGGACAAUUCUGUGACAGUGGGAUGGAAGUGAGGUUCUUUGCCAAACAAUGCUGUGUUCUAGACAACGAAGGGAACUCAUUAUUAACGUGUUACAGGUCCUCAAACCUGUACACUAUUGAUCUGAAAAGCGUUCAAUCCACCACUUCCAUCUGUCUGCUGUCCAAAGCUUCAACAGAACAAAACAACCUCUGGCACAUACGUCUUUCCCAUCUCAAUUUCAAGAAUCUGUACAUCCUGUCAUCGAAGAAACUUGUGAAGGGGCUUCCUCCGUUGAAGUCUUCCGCUGAAAAUCAUUGUAGUGCCUGCAAAAUGGGCAAAAUGACGCGAAGCUCCCACAAGUCAAAGCCAGUCCCAUCAUCUACUCUACCGCUGCAAUUGAUACACAUGGAUCUGUGUGGACCGAUGAGAGUCCAAAGCAUCAACGACCGCAAAUACACACUGGUGAUCGUCGAUGACUUCUCUAGGUACACAUGGACAAAAUUUCUUCGUAAAAAGGACGAGGCAGCAGAAAUCAUUAUGACCUUUGUCAGAACAGUCCAGAAACUGCUGCAACACAGUGUUCGAAUCAUCAGAACUGACAACGGUAUCGAGUUCAAGAAUCAAACUCUCACUGGAUUCUAUGAAUCUCUCGGUAUCACACAGCAAUUUGCAGCAGCCAAAACUCCCCAACAGAAUGGAGUGGUUGAAAGAAAGAACAGGAGCCUUGUCGAAGCGGCACGCACCAUGCUCAUCCAAUCAAGAUUGCCUCACUUUAUGUGGGCAAAGGGCAUUAAUACUGCGUGCUACACCCAAAACAGAACAUCUAUCCACAAACGCUUCGACAAGACCCCAUAUGAAAUCCUCUUCAACCGGACUCCGGAUAUCUCAUUCUUCAAAAUAUUUGGCUGCAAGUGCUUCGUACUGAAUGACAGAACUGAUAGGGGUAAGCUAGACGCAAAAGCCCAAGAAGGGGUGUUCAUAGGCUACUCACAACAGUCCAAAGCUUACAGAGUAUAUCUCAGAGACAAGCGAACGGUCAUUGAGAGUGUGAAUGUGACAUUCUAUGAGAUGGCUGACUUCGCAACGGAACACUUACAGGCUGACCCGUCACUUGCUGUACCAGCGGACUCUGACACAGUUGAACCAAACCAUGUAACUGAAGGUGUGAUUCUCAAUUCUCUCUUUCAGAACUUCUACGAGAAUUCACAACCCUCAUCUUCUCCAUGCACAUCAGCUUCAUCGUCACCUAUUCCACAGCAACCGACUCCUUUCACUGAAAUUCCACUCCUUCUUGGACCAGAUAAUGAACCAUCUACUCCGUCAACUCCCCAACCUAAUCACGGAGGAGUGGAUGAUCACGGUUUUGCUAACACAUCAGACUCAUCUCCACCGCACACUACAGCCGCUCAAGAGUCACCAAUCCCCUACUAGGACUCGGAUCAACCGAUCAUUACUCCUGCUCCUCUGGAACAUGAGAGGAAAUGGACAAGAGCUCAUCCCACUGAUCAAAUAAUUGGUGAUCCAGGUCAAGGUGUGUGUACGAGAUCGGCUACUAUGAAUGAAUGUCACUAUGCAUGCUUUCUAAGCCAGAAUGAACCGUCCAAAGUCUCAGAGGCACUCGCUGAUCCAGAUUGGGUGAUUGCCAUGCAAGAUGAGCUCAAUCAGUUUGACAGACUAGAAGUGUGGACACUCGUGCCUAAACCCCCUCAGAAAACCAUCAUUGGCACUAAAUGGGUGUUCAAGAACAAGAAGGACGAAGAAGGCAUAGUGAUACGCAACAAGGCACGGCUGGUCGCUAAAGGAUACAAUCAGCAAGAGGGCAUAGACUAUGAUGAAACGUUUGCACCCGUAGCAAGAAUUGAAGCCAUCCGCCUUUUUCUUGCGUACGCGGCCCACAAGAACUUUACCGUCUUUCAAAUGGACGUCAAGACUGCCUUUCUGAAUGGAGUCUUGGAAGAAGAAGUCUAUGUCGCUCAGCCCGAAGGAUUUGUAGAUCCCAGAUAUCCCAACCAUGUGUACAAGCUGAAGAAAGCUCGGUAUGGGCUGAAACAGGCACCAAGAGCUUGAUACGAUGCCUUAACCGAAUUUCUGGUUGACUCAGGUUUCUCAAAAGGGAAGAUUGAUACCACACUUUUCAUCAAGCGACAUAAGUCUGACAUCAUCCUGAUUCAGAUCUAUGUUGAUGACAUCAUCUUCGCCUCCUCAAAUCCACGUCCGUGCAAACAUUUUGAGAAACUGAUGAAAACUAAGUUUGAAAUGAGCAUGAUGGGAGAGCUGAAUUUCUUCCUAGGCCUGCAAGUAAGAAAACUCUCUGACGGCAUUUUUAUCAAUCAGUCCAAGUAUAUUCUGGAAAUGCUUAAGAGAUUCAACAUUGAUAGCAAAUCUUCCAUGACGACCCCUAUGUCCCCCAACAAUAAACUGGACUCAGACCCCUCUGGGAAGCCAGUCGAUGCCACAAACUAUAGGGCCAUCAUUGGAUCGUUGCUAUAUCUCACGUCUAGCAGGCCUGAUAUCGUUUUUUCUACAUGCUUAUGUGCACGCUUUCAGGCGAAUCCAAAGGAAUCCCAUCUGACCGCUGUUCGAAGAAUUCUGAGAUACCUCAAAGGCACUGUGAAUCUAGGCCUUUGGUAUCCCAAGCACUCAGGUUUUGACCUAGUCGGAUACUCUGACGCAGAUUUUGCUGGUUGCCGGAUGGACCGCAAAAGUACAUCGGGAGCUGUCCAGUGCUUGGGCGAUAAGUUAGUCUGGUGGUCUUCCAAGAAACAGAACUGUGUGUCAACAUCUACGGCCGAGGCAGAAUACAUCGCGGUUGAAGACCCAGCUAAAGGACUACGGUUACACUUUCUGCCAUAUCCCGAUCUACAGCGACUCACAGAGUGCCAUCGCCAUCACCAGCAACCCGGUUCAUCACUCCCGCACCAAACACAUCGACCUGCGCUAUCAUUUCAUCAAAGACCACGUGGAAAAAGGGGAUAUUGACAUGUACUUUGUAAGCUCCGAGCUUCAACUGGCUGAUUUGUUUACUAAGGCACUGGAUGAAAAGAGAUUCCAGUUUUUGGUUUCCAAAUUAGGCAUGUUGAACCUCGAGCCAAUGUAAUUUUGUUUCCACUGGUCUGUAAAAAGGUGUGCGUGUGUAGGACUUGUACAAAGUGUGCGUGCGUGUGUCUGUAAAUAGUGUGUGUGAGUUGCAUUUUGUGUUUUGUGUGCGUUGCAUGUGUCAAGGGGGAGAAACCCGAGAAAAAUACAAAAAUAGUGUGCGUGCGUUUGCAUUCAUCGAGGGGGAGAAAAUUUGAAAAUCCCAAAAAAUAGUGUGUGUGAGUUGCAUAUGUACAUAGUGUGUGUGCGUUGCAUUCAUCGAGGGGGAGAAAAUUUGAAAAAGAUCAAAAAAUAGUGUGUGUGCGUUGCAUUCAUUGAGGGGGAGAGAAUUUGAAAAUCCCAAAAAUAGUGUGUGUAUUGAUUUCAGCGAGGGGGAGUACUUUUAUUGAUCAGAAAUGGGUCUUUUAACCCUUAAGGCCAAACGGGCCCAGCUACCUGUUCUGGCCCAAACCGUUCCUAAACUCGCGUAUUUAAACCUUCAAAACUCUCGCUCCUUCUCAUUUCGGUACAUCUUCUUUCUCGCUCUCAAAGAUCUCCCAGAGCUUGAGAUCCCUCUCCUGUAGACUGCGAGUUGUAAAAAUCAUCCGUCUUCACUCCCUCUCACCGAUCUCCCCCAACUUAUCUCCACGAGGUAGCAACUCGACCAGUUCUCUCCCCUCUCACUCUGGUUUUCGAACGCCACCACGAACGGUCCCAAAACCAAAAACACGGUUUUUUCUCAAAUAAAAUUUUCAAAAAGAGUUUUGGUUGAAUGUGUAUUGUUUUUAUGUCUUUACAGGUGGUUAUCGUCUUCGUUGGGCAAAAACACGAGUUCUGCAACUCGAGUUAAAACGCCUGGUUUCAAAAUCCGGCGUUUCAAAUUCGAGGACAGACCGCGAGUUUGUAAACUCGCGCUCAUGGGCUCGAGUUUGUAAACUCGCGCUCAUGGGCUCGAGUUUGUAAACUCGCGCUCAUGGGCUCGAGUUUGUAAACUCGCGCUCAUGGGCUCGAGUUUGUAAACUCGCGCUCAUGGCCUCGAGUUUGUAAAAUCGUGUCCAUGAUCUCGAGUUUUAUAACUUGGUGCCAGAACUCGUUUCCUCAUCUCAUAAAUCAUCAACCCCAAGGGGAAACUCAUUUUUUUGCUAACGUGUGCUAUUCUUUCAGCUAAAUAUGUCAGGCACUCAACAAGAUACCUCCCAGGAAGAUGCACUCUAUACUCAGCUGUUCCCAAAUACAAAUGGGUUCAGCUACAGGACAACAACUACCAGCUCGACCUUGCCAUCUUCAAGUGCCCUGACCCAGUCAUCCCUAUCAUCCUUAAGGGGCACUACAUCUGGCCGGCACUCACCAAAGCUAUAACGGUCCCCGAAAUCUAUCUGCAACAGUUAUGGGGGACCAUGCACAUGCCGUCCAAGAAGGACGCAUCUAGUAUCAGUGCCACGCUCCACAACAGAAGGCUGGCAUUAACAGCGUCCACACUACGAACCACACUGGAGCUGCCUGUCCACCAAACCUAUGACCCGCUACCCUCAAAGACUGAACUGAUGCAAGGGUUGGAGAAAUUGGGAUAUGAUGCACCACUGCCGUUCCUGUCUCACUUCAAGUUGAUGAACCUGCCAUACCCAUGGAAGACAUUGUUUGGCCUCGUCAACAAAUGCCUAUCUCCGAAGCACGCUGGCCAUGACAAGUGCAACAUGCAGAUUUUCCAAAUCUUCCAUGGGAUCGUUUUCAACAAAACUUAUGACAUGGCGCAGCUAUUCUGGAUCGAGCUGGUGACUCAAGUCCAGGACAAAGAGGACGGAAAAACGGGCAUGACAAUUCCCUACGCCAGAUGGUUGGCGCUCAUCAUUGAUGAAUACAUGACCGCCCACCUAGGGAUUCCAAAGCGCAGAGAUGAAGAUCAGUACACUGCCCCCAAGCUCCAGUACUUCAAGCACUUCAAACAUGAAACUGUGGGGAUGACAAUACCAGACUAUCUGCUGGACUUGGGCAAUCCACGACACUCCGCAGUUGUCCAGUAUAGAGAGAGCUUACAGAGAGAUGGCCCCAUGGUUCAGCAAAACCCAGCUGGACCUGCCCCGGGGCCUAAGCCGAGAGCAAGUAAGGGUCCAAAGAGAGCCCGUAAGCCACAGAAACCAGUGGCGCGUGUGCCCCAUGAAGGGAAGUCUGACGAUUCUCUCGAGAGGAAUCAGACGGCUGAGGGCACACGUACAAACGCUGCGGAACCUGUCAAUGAAUCGUUCAGCCCGGUCCAUAAAAAGGCUGACGAUGAGGCAUCCAAUAGCGUGGCCAAAGAUGAUGACGAUGCUAACGAUGAUGAUGACGAGGACGAUAUUGACGACGUGGAACACACCUUUGCGCUAAUCCAAAAGGGGAAGCUGCCACUUGAUUCUCCUCCAAAGAAAAUCACCCCUGAGGAUGCAGCUCCAUUUAUAGCUGUCCGUCCCAAGACCAUCGUCAUCAAACAAGUGAAGGAGCCAGUUACAGCUAAGAUUGCUGCUCCCCGUUCACCUAAGGCAAAGAAGCAGCGUCCUGUCAGAAAAAGUUUGGUCGCUGAGGAGGACCUACACAUCUUUGACGACUGUCUUCCCUUCAUCACUAUAAGCCGGGCCGAAUCCUUAAGUACAGGGGCCAAUCUUGUUGGUUCCCGGGUAGAAGCCGCAGCAUCAGGCUCAACUGCGCGUGCACCGCCCUCUCCCAGCCACUCGUUAGCCUCCCAAAAGGCUAACGUUUCAACAACACGGGACUCACCCACCUCACUGGUUCCCUCCGAACCAGUUGAGCGCUCUAGUGGCCCACCGCCCGAGGCCACAACCCCCUCUUUCCACACAUCGAGUCUAGGUGUCACAUUCCCCACUUUUUCAAAUUUUUCUAGGACAACUACACCAUUCACAGCACAUACAGGUGCACACACCCUGAAUACAACGACCGGAGUGCAAACGAUGAUGGUCGGAAGCCCUGCUAUGCCAACAAUGACUUCAUCAUUGAACGCAGGCCACACAUCAGCUCUCUUCACUGAUGCUGUGACAACAAUUACAACCCCCAUAACUGGAUCCCUUACACCCGAAGACGUUACCGUUCUCAUGAACCGCUACAUGGAGUCCACCAUCAAACCAUGGGUGCAACAAGCAUUUACCUCUUGGGCACAGGACUCCAAGACAACCCCAGCGGUUCAUAGUGAACAGAGCCACCCCAAACCUCACUCUUCACCCUCUCAAUCCAUUCCUCAACCCACUCCUGUCAUCCCUAUCACCUCCACCAAACCCCUUAGCCCUUCACCCUCUCAGGGAACCCACGAUACAGAACUAGUAUCGCCCUCUACCUCGACCAAUCCCUUCCACCUAUCCCGACUUGAGCUCGCCGAUCUCCUGUUUCUUCGGUUACUGGAGGUCGACGCUUGCAACCUUACACCCUUCGAGCGUGACCUUCUCCAAGUUUUCUUCAACCAUGACCGCCCUCAAUACGGCACUUGCCGUGACAGUCCCCGAGGUCUCAAACGUUCCCAUGAGGACCCCGAUGAUUCGGAACCUCAUGAGGGGGAGAACAAGAGACCUCGGACACUUGAGCAAGCAGCCUCUACCAGCCAUGAACCCCAGCCAAACACCUCAUCAAACCAACCCACCAACCAACCACCACCUUCCUCGAGCCACAACCAAGCCCAACUCUCUAGCCUAGUCGAGCUAGAUGAAACAUCCCGAGGCUUAUCUCCUAGAGAUACUGUCCGAGGAGGGGAUGGAAGUCCUGUAGUGGUUACCUCUGGUACAUCACAAAGCUCAGGCCAUCGAUCAGAACACAGUUCGAAAUCGAUGACAACAUCCCGAGGCGUGUCUCCAAAGGAUACCGUCCGAGGAGGGGAUGGAAGUCCUGACGAUGCUAUCUCUGAUUCAUCUGUCAAGUCAGGCCAUCAGCCAUAACUCAGUUCUAAGCUGAUGACAACGGGCAAUCCUAGUGAACCCGGUUGUGCUUCACGAGAAAGAUCACCGCAGCUGAGAGUCCCAUACAUUCCCCAAGGCAAAGACAUUCAUGAUGCACUCGAGGAUGCUGUGGUACACGACGUUUGGCCGAGAAAGUGGACAGAGUGGGAUGAUCUUAGGUGCGAAGCUGAAAUAGAGGAUAUGCAGCGAAAUUGGUGGCUGAGAGAGUUGCUGGCCAAAUGCGCAGAAGAUAUCAUACGCCUUGAUGAAGAGGAACUCAAAGAAGGGGAGGACUACAAAAAGAUACCCAGGGAGCUAGAAUCCGUCAUCAGACAAACGGCGGGCAAGUUGCCCCCAAAAGAAAAGCUCUGGGAAAACAUCAGAAUAAAUGCCCCCUUCCAAGAGGAAAUCAGAAAGGGAAUUUGGAGAACCGCAGACAAGCUCAAACAGCUAGAUGAACUGAAGAUCCGUGGCUUGACUCACCUUAAGGGCAAACUGGCUGGCGGACAUCUUCACAUGCUGAUGCACAGAUCAUCUGGAAAACAACGACAAAUACUGGAAAGAGAUAUGAAGUCCAGCAUCCACCCUAUUGACGCUAUCCUUGAUAUACACAGAGAAGAUCAUCACACCAUCCCGUUCCACAGCUUCAAAGUUCGAUGAACAGACUCCAGCAUAUUCAUCUGCCAGGACUUAGGCGAGAAGCCUUUUUACGCAUACCUGAGCCUCGCCUAUAAAAGAGGGCGGAGGACUCAGGUUUGCAGUUAACUUUCGUAUCUGCUCAAAAUAGCCUUAGCGCUUAUCAUUCUUGUACGAACUGUUCACGGUAUAUCAGAGAAGGUUUACACUUGAUCUUUCUGUGUUCAUCUUUGUUGAUAAUCUUUCAUCUGUAUGCCAUAUUAUAUUGCUGUUAUAGAAAACAGGGACUAACAUAUUAUUAAUGUGACUAGUUCUUCUUGCAAACGAAAUGAUGAAUUAAAGGAAGCGCAAGCACUUGAAAUUGCAAGAAUGUUGGAAAUUGGUGAGCUUGAAACAGGAAGAGGACUUAAUCAGGUUGGUACAUUACAAUGAGCUGGGGAAACUCGUUGGAGCUCACAUUUCAGUUCUAUUUGCAAUUUGAUUAGGAUGUUUGCUGCAACUUGUUCUGUUUUAGAAGAUGUUGAAGAGAAUGGUAAUAACUAUUCUACUCGUGGAGAUGCAGCUGAAGCACUUAAGAAGAUUAAAUCUUUUAAUUUUGUUUUCUUGUUGCAUCUUAUUAAACAAAUUAUGGGCAUUAAAGAUCUUCUAUGUUAGCAUCUACAAAAGAAGACCCAAGACAUACUAAAUGCUAUGCAUUUGGUGUCAAGCACCAAAAUGUUGAUCCAAAAGUUAAGGGAAGGUGGAUGGGAUAACUUCUUAGAAAUUGUUAAAGAGUUUUGCAAAAAGCAUGAUAUUGAAGUUCCUAAUAUGAAGUCUCCUUAUGUGGUAAAAUGCAUACGCAAUGAUCAAGAAGGGUUUGAUAUUGAACGUCAUUAUCGGGUUGAUAUGUUUUACGCAGCCAUAGAUUCACAAUUGUUGGAGCUGAAUAGCAGAUUCAGUGAACAGAUAAUGGAUCUUCUUACUCUUAGUUGUGCUUUGGAUCCUAAGGACUCAUAUAAGUCCUUUAACAUUGAUGAUAUUUGUUCUUUAGUGGAUAAAUACUACCCCUUUGAUUUUAUUGAGCAGGAGAAGGUAGGCUUGAGGUUUCAAUUGCAGCAUUACAAGUUAAAUGUUCUAAAUCAUCCGGAGUUGGUGAAUUUGUCCACAAUGGGUGAACUUUGUCAAGGAUUAGCGGAGACUGAGAUGUCAAAAGUGUACUUUCUUCUUGAUAGAUUGGUUCGACUUUUGUUGACUCUACCUGUAUCGAUAACAACAACAGAAAGGGCUUUUUCAGCAAUGAAAAUUAUAAAAACAAGGCUUCACAAUAAAAUGGAGGAUGAGUAUCUUGCAUACAACCUUGUUGUUUAUAUUGAAAGAUAAAUUGCUAAAACUUUUGACUCAAAAGCCGUGAUUGAGGAAUUUAUCUCGUUGAAGGAGCAUCGGGCACAAUUUUAAGGUUUCAUCUUCACACUCUUAAACCUGUUCGUACUCCGUUACCUACUCGAACUAAGCUAUCUCUCACUGAUGGUGAUCUCCUCGCAAAUCCUACAGAGUAUGCGUAUUUUCAGGUAUCUUAAGGGAGCACCAGAUCAUGGUAUGCUCCUACAUCCAAGCACUUCUUCGCCUAUUUUACAGGCGUAUUCUGAUGCUGAUUGGGCUGCCUGUCCUGAUAGAGUCGGUCCACUUUAGGCUUUGCUAUUUUUCUGGGUCCUAAUUGGAUCUCGUGGAAAUCCAAGAAGUAGCCAACUGUCUCCCGCUCUUCCACGGAAGUAGAGUACAGGGCAAUUGCUUACACAGUUCAGGACACUCUCCACAUACGUUCUAUAUUGUUCGAAUUAGGGGUGUCGAUUUGUCAGCCUGUUCGGUUAUUGUGUGAUAAUAUUUCUGCCUCUUACUUAUCCACAAAUCCUAUUCAGCAUGCUCAGAGCAAACUCAUCAGCAUUGAUUAUCACUUUGUUCAUGAGAGAGUCUCACAUGGAGAUCUGGUUGUUCGUUAUGUUCCUACACAAUUCCAGCUUGCAGAUAUUUUUACCAAAAGUUUGUCUCCACAGCGUUUUAUUUUUCUUAGAGACAAUCUGCGCAUUGUUUCCCCUGCACAGCUUGAGGGGAUGUAAUAGAGUAAUUAAUACACA